AGAUUUGAACCCAAACUGAGGUCAAAUAACACCCCAAAGCCCUAUUUAAAGAAAUAAUCUGAAACAUGAGGCAUUCCACGGAACAGCAAAACACCAUGGCUUCUUUAAUUUUGCAAAUCUUUUUUCUUGCAGUGAUUUUAGCAACUUCCCAGGGCUCCCCUCUGAGCUAUUACCCCCUCCGGAUUCACCUUCUCAGGUCAAAAUGGGGUUCCGGCGACCACCACAUUCCUGGCAUGUCAUGCCUGAGUUGGCGACUAGCUGUUGAAACAAACAAUGUGAUUGGAUGGAGUACAGUUCCUGAAGAGUGUGAAGAUUACGUAGGGCACUACAUGUUAGGCAGCCAAUACAGGGAAGACUCAUCUGUCAUCACUGAUGAGGCUUUUGCCCAUGCUAAAACCUUCAAGCUGGCUGGAGAUGGAAAGGAUAUAUGGGUCUUUGACGUUGAUGAAACUACUCUUUCUAAUUUACCCUACUAUGCCAAACAUGGAUUUGGGGCGGAGCCUUACAAUUCCACGGCGUUCAACCAAUGGGUUUUCACGGGCAAAGCCCUAGCAUUGCCAGAGUCUCUGAAGCUGUACCGGAACUUAUUGUCAAUUGGGAUCAAGGUUGUGUUCUUAACGGGAAGGACUGAAGACCAAAGAGCAGUGACAUCAAACAAUCUGAAGAAUGCUGGGUACCACAUCUGGGAGAAGCUGAUACUCAAGUCAUCAUCUUAUUCAGGGAAGACAGCGGUGUUUUAUAAAUCAAGCGAAAGGGCAAAGCUUGAGAAGAAAGGAUACAGAAUCAUCGGGAACAUUGGUGAUCAGUGGAGUGAUCUCCUGGGGACUAGUGUCGGCAAUCGGACAUUCAAGCUACCUGAUCCAAUGUAUUACAUCAGUUGAAUCCUCGGAUUCUUAGCCUCUAGCUUGGUUAACUUGUAUGAUUCAGAUUGAUUGAUGUUGUUAACAAAACCAAGCUAGUUGCAAGAGUAUGGCUCGUUUACUCUAGCAUUGAUUUUCAAUAAAGCCGCCACUACUUAUGACUCGAA